AUGAGACUUUUUGAAUUCUUCAGGAAGGGGCCUUCUGCGGCGAAUGUGUCUUACACCACAUAUGAACGAAGAAGUCACUUUCCAUACCGCUCCGCAUGGGCUAGGAACACGACGGAGAUGAUCAAGCUUCUGCAUGAUGGCACAAUUGAUUCAUCGCCUCAAUUCCGAAAUACGUCACAAGCGCCGCACAUUGUCUUCGUGUUCUCCGGGCAGGGCGGGAAUAUCGCUGGUUCGGCCCAGCCGUUAUACGACAGCAACAGCGCGUUUCGGGAUGCUCUAGACAACUACAACCAACUCACGCAAGCUUCUCCGAGUACCGUGCUAGAACAGGUCGCACUUAUCGUGUUUGAGCUUGCUGCCAGCAAGAUGUGGAAGAGCUGGGGCAUUGCGCCCGCGACUGUACUUGGACAUAGUCUGGGAGAGUAUGCGGCUCUGCACUUAUGCGGCGUUCUCUCUGCUGCAGAUACUAUUUGGCUUGUGGGAAAACGCGCAGGCUUGGUGCAAAAGUCUUGCCAGCCUGAUACACACCGGAUUCUGGCUGUACUGGCCGAAGAGGAACGGCUCACUCCGUUCCUGGCAGAGUACGCAGUCAAGGUUUCAUGCAGAAAUUCACGAAGCCAGACUGUAGUUGAUGGGCCAUUCGACAGUAUCUUGCAGUUGCAAAGCCGUCUCAAGGUACAUGGCAUUAAAAGUGCCUUGGUCAAGACACCAUACGCAUUCCAUACGGGUCAGAUGGACGGGAUUCUGAAGAAUCUGCUCGCUGUUGGUGAACAAGCUUCCUUUGCCAGUCAACCACAGAUCAACUUUGUGUCGACGGUGACGGGUUCGCUGAUCGAUGCUUUCCCGUCCGGGCCCGAGCAUGUAGCCAAACACGCCCGCCAAUCUGUACUAUUUUCCGACGCCAUUGAAUCUGCGAUGACACUCAGCCCUGGUCGAAAUACCAUAUUCCUGACGAUUUCACCAACAUCGAUGUGCAGAGACAUGACUGCGUCAAACAUCACCACCGGGAAAGAAAGCAUGGCCGAGGUUCUCGAAGCUACAAGAACCGGAAGUCAGGCAUGCCUUGACGCUAUCACCUCCAGCAUGACUAGGCUUUACAAUUCUGGGGUUGACAUUGACUGGAGCCGAUACCAUGGUUCGAUGAAACAGAUCGGAAGUCUGCUAGAAUUACCAGCCUACAGCUUUGAUCUAAAGAAUUUCUGGAUUCCUCUAGAGCAAAGCCGCCAUCUCCCUUCAUCAUCACCGUCAUUAUCGUCAUCCUCACUCUCAACACAACUGGAUACACCUAUGUCUGAAUGUACACUCAACUUAGAAGACGACAUACACACGAUCGAGAAACCCAUUAUCACGAAUAUCCAAGAAGAGCCGCUAAGAAGUCUCAUAAUUGGUCAUGCAAUCCGUAACAAGGCCGUAUGCCCUGCAGGCGUACUGGUUGACAUGGCCUUCGCUGUUGUGCUAGAAAGGAUCGGCAAACGGGUGGGCCUCGAGUCUAUCGGGCUGAGAUCACUACGCCUGAUCGCGGCUAACACGAUAGACACUGAUACUGUCAACGAUUCCAUCCAGACUCUUGAAACAACAUUGCAAAAACGGACUGUAGCCCCAGAAUUCGAUGUCACUUUCAGCGGUGUCGAGCGUCAGACUCAUCACGCAAGUUGCAUCCUGCGAGUGAUGGAAGACGCCAAUGGUAUAAGAGGCGAGCACACGACUCGCACACUCAUCCGGGCCGUCUCUCGUAUCAAUCUGCUACGAAGCAACACCGCUUCCAACUACUUCAAUGGGCGGAUGAUCUACAAUAUGUGGACGUCCGUUAUGCAAUACUCUUCAGAGUAUCAUGUUCUCCGGAACCUCACACUAGCACCCCUCGGUUAUGAAGCCUGCGCGAAGCUUCAAACAACAUCAACGGCGGGGCCCGCAAACCGAGAGUACACGAUCGACCCGGUCUGGCUGGAUGGUGCCAUGCAGGCCGCUGGAUUCACAGUGAACAUGAAUGUGGCUGCUGAUCCCGGAGCGGUGUACGUUCUCACCGGAUGUGCGGCCAUCGACUUCUGGGAGCGUCCGCGAAGCAACAACAUGUACGCUUGUUACGUCCACGGCGAAGCAGACGUGUUAGGCGAUGUCAUCAUGAACGUUGCAAUAUUUGAUGAGGAGAACGACAUGGGCCCGGUGGCAGCUAUUAGUGGCAUGCGCUUCCACAAACUGAAGCAACGACCGGAAACCAAAAGCAAAAGUGGUAAAGGCUACGAGGACGCCACGGUACGAAUGAACGGGGGUGAGUCCAGCAAUCAGGUCAUCUCGCCUACGAAUAAGUUGUCAAAUCCAACUCCCUUUUCUCCGUCAAAGAGUGUGAGACUCGAUGAAAACAAUGCAGUCGCCGAUUCAGGCCCAGCGAGCUUGAUUCAUACACUCAUCUCAAUACUGGCCAAAGAGACGCAUGCAGACCCCGAUGAGAUUGGCCAAGACACCGCACUAGCCGACGUGGGUGUCGAUUCCUUGAUGGCCCCUACCAUAUCAGAUACCAUUCGCGUCAAGUUAGGCGUUGAGAUUCCAUUGAUAGCUCUAAUAGAAGCUCAAACUGUCAGCGACAUUGCCUCGCUUUGCGCGGAUAUCAAUUCCGCAAACGUCGAACCCAGGCUAGGUAAAGAUGCUGCUGAGAAGUCCAGUAUCUCACUAAGGAGCAUCGCCCGGGUAUCAGACGCAACAACUCGCGCUACGAGUGCUGAACUUUCGAGUAGAGUUGCUCUCUUGCAAGGUUCCAGUCAAUGCAAACAAAAUUUAUUCCUCCUUCCCGACGCCUCCGGAAGCAGCUCCGUGUACGCAGGGCUUCCGCCGAACCUAUCCCAACAGACCGACACGGGAAUCUAUGGUCUUGAGUCGCCAUUCCACGGCACGAGUUCCAUACCCGAUCUCGAAAUGGAUAGGUACUGUUCACUAUUCGUCGAGGCAAUUCUUCGGAUCCAACCAACGGGUCCGUAUCUCCUCGGUGGCUGGUCGAUUGGAGGGCGCCUUGCAUACGAAUGCGCAAGACAGAUCAUACAACUGGGACAUGAAGUUUCGGGACUUCUCGUGAUAGAGUCUUACGCAGAGAUGACGCCCAAUCUCUGCUUGAGUCCUGAGGCGAUCUCAGUUGAGCAUCUCGAGGCGACAGGGUUCAUUGGAUGGUCUGGAGGUCAUGCUUCGUCAAGCAUGGCUGAGUGGCAGAAGAACCACAUGCUAUAUCUCAUCCUCAUGAACAGCGCCUUCAAACUUGAACCCCUUUACGAGGACAAGAAGGAGAACACUGCGAUGUUGCAUUUAGUCUGUUCGUCAAACAGCGACUUUUCGCUGUUCCCAGCUAAAGUUUUGCAAAAAGCGCUGGAAUUGAGCAACAGAUCGUCUGGCAAUGCCAUAAACGGUGAUCAUGAAGAAUGGCAAGAAUUAGCAGGGCCACGUUUGAGGCAGCACGUCGUUCAGGGAGGACACUUUGACAUCAUGAUCCCAAGAGUGAAUGAGGAUCUAGCACAUGUCAUCGCAGAGGCAUUGAGAUCACUAAACAGCGCCCUCGAGCAACUCGGCUUCAAAGUCUUCUCCUUCCAAGCAAUGUGGCCAACCUGGCAAGAGUCAAUCCUACUCUGGACGGAAGCCAUCGAAGCAAAGUACCACAACCGCUGCAAACCCUACGGCCGCGCGGAAUUCGACAAGCUCCUGGGCGACUACGACGUCGUGAAAUGCCCGCACGCCCUCCUCUUCGCCGAGGACCUCGCCGCCGCCUACCCGGAAGCCCGCAUCAUCGUCUCCAAGCGCGACUACGAACCAUGGCGCGCCUCCAUGGAGAAGACGGUCUUCAAGCUGCGCCGCUCCCUCGUUUUCCGUCUGCUGCACCCGCUCGACCCCUUUCGCGCCGCGUGGUGGCCGUUCUUGCGGCUCAUCAUGGACACGGCGUACGGCGGGUGGGCCGAGGCGGUACCCGGGCGUAGACCCUAUGACGAGCACCACGCUCGUGUCGAAGCCAUCACGCGCGAGACGCCGGAGAGGAUGCUCGUCUUCUCCGGGCCCAAGGAUGGGUGGGUACCGCUGUGUGACUUUCUCGGCUUGCCGGUGCCGGAAACGCCCUAUCCGUGGACGAACUCGGGAGCAGACUUUUUCGAGAAGCAGGGUCACCGCGCGGGCGAGAGGCUGUUGCUGCGCAAACUGGCUGAGAGAGUGGCGGUCGUUGCAGGGGUUGGACUAAGCGUGUAUUGGUUCCUGCGACGCUCAUAG